GUUUGAGAGCAGCUUGUGGAGCAGAGAGACUACAGGGACCAGUAUGCAGUGUUAGGCCGGCGCUGAAGACACAUCUAUUUUGUUGGUAAAAAAGUAAAAUAAUGUUUUAAUUAAUUGCCGAAGGGAGAUUAGCUCCUUGAUUCUCUUUUUUCUUCCGGACACUGACGGGGGAAGUUGUCUCAGUUGUUAUACAAAUGAAGAAGUAAAAUGGAGAGAGCUCGAGGUUGAAAAGUUUUCUCCUUUUUUUUGUCCCCAGGCCUUUCAGCAGCUGUAGAAGAAAUGAGUCGUUUAAGAGAUAAUUAAUGAUGUCUUGCGUGCAAAUAUCAAAGCUGCAAAUGUUUUCAGUUGGACAGGGAGCAAAAGGCAAAGUCUACCAAUCAUGGCAGGAAUUGUACCUCGAUCUGAUGGAAGUACAAAUGUUACAGAGAAUUGGUUGUCUAAUGGAUCAAUACUGACCUCUCAAGUUCAUGCUGCUGCAGUCAAUGGAGACAGGUGUGCACUGCAUAAACUCAUAGCAGCAAAUCCAAAUAUAAAGGAUGCAGAAGACCAGUUUGGUCGGACCCCACUGAUGUAUUGUGUACUUGCUGACAGAUUGGACUGUGCUGAGGCACUCAUUAAGGCUGGAGUUAAUAUCAACAAAGCAGACCGCAGCCAGAGGACUGCCUUACAUCUUGCAGCACAAAAGGGAAAUUACCGCUUCAUGAAGCUGCUGCUUAACCGACGUGCCAACUGGAUGCAGAAGGAUCUUGAGGAGAUGACUCCACUUCAUUUAGCUACACGCCACAAAAGUCCUAAAUGUUUGGCUUUGCUGCUAAAGUCUAUGGCUCCGGGAGAAGUGGACACCCAAGAUAAAAACAAGCAAACAGCAUUACAUUGGAGUGCCUACUACAACCAUCCAGAACAUGUGAAACUGCUGAUAAAACAUGAUUCCAAUAUAGGCAUUCCUGACAUUGAAGGCAAAAUCCCACUCCAUUGGGCUGCCAGUAACAAAGACACUACAGCCAUUCACACAGUGAAAUGCAUUCUGGAAGCUGCUCCUACUGAAUCGUUGUUGAACUGGCAGGACUAUGAAGGACGAACGCCACUUCAUUUUGCUGUUGCUGACGGAAAUGAUGCUGUAGUUGAUGUUUUGACCUUGUAUGAAGGAUGCAAUAUAACAUCUUAUGAUAAUUUAUUUCGAACUCCUCUGCACUGGGCAGCUUUAUUGGGUCAUGCUCAAAUUGGACACCUUCUACUGGAAAGGAACAAGUCUGGUACUAUUCCAUCAGAUAGCCAAGGAGCCACACCACUGCAUUAUGCUGCUCAGAGCAAUUUUGCUGAGACUGUUGAAGUAUUCUUGAAGCAUCCAUCAGUGAAAGAUGACCCAGACCUGGAAGGACGGACAGCAUUUAUGUGGGCUGCAGGAAAGGGUAGUGAUGAUGUCCUUCGAAUCAUGUUAAGAAUAAAAUCAGACAUUGACAUCAAUAUGGCAGAUAAAUACGGGGGAACAGCUCUACAUGCUGCAGUCCUCUCUGGUCAUGUUAACACAGUGAAGCUUCUGUUGAAGUAUGGGGCACAAGUGGAUGCCAUGGAUGUGAUGAAACAUACACCACUUUUCCGGGCUUGUGAGAUGGGCCAUAAAGAAGUGAUCCAUACACUCAUUGAAGGUGGUGCAAGAGUUGAUUUGCUUGACCAAGAUGGCCAUAGUCCUUUGCACUGGGCCGCCCUUGGUGGGAAUGCAGAUGUGUGUCAGAUCCUGAUUCAGAAUCUGAUCAAUCCUAAUGUGCAGGAUUAUGCUGGAAGAACACCUUUGCAGUGUGCUGCAUAUGGAGGUUACAUUAAUUGCAUGGCAGUACUCAUGGAAAACAAAGCUGAUCCCAAUAUACAAGACAAAGAGGGACGGACAGCACUCCAUUGGUCAUGCAACAAUGGGUACCUGGAUGCUGUGAAGCUUCUGUUGGGCUAUAGUGCCUUUCCUAAUCAUAUGGAGAUCAAUGAAGAGAGGUUUACUCCACUUGAUUAUGCCCUGCUUGGAGAACAUCAGGAGGUUAUUCAGUACAUGCUGGAGCAUGGAGCACUAUCUAUUGCUGCAAUUCAAGACAUUGCUGCUUCCAAAAUCCAAGCUGUUUAUAAGGGUUACAUGGUCCGCAAGGCUUUCCAGGAGAGAAAAAAUCUACUCAUGAAGCAUGAACAACUACGGAAGGAUGCAGCUAAGAAGCGUGAGGAGGAAAACAAAAGAAAGGAGGCAGAGAUUCAGAAGGAAAAAAAGAGAUUGGAAUCUGAAUUAAAUGUACAGCAAAAGGUAGCAAAUCUAGAAAUCAAUUGCCAACUUGCAGAUCUUUAUCCAGUAAAUGGGGAGAGCACUUCCCCUACUAUUUCAGAACAUGAUCAGUUGGAGCUGAGAAUUAGUGAAGACUUUAAAAGAAGUUCUAAAAGCAAAUCUGAAAAGACAGCAAGGAUAAGGCCUCUCUUGCAAACUUGGCGGAGUAUAGACACAAUUCGAAGUCACACUUCAUCUAUAGAAACUGGAAAAAGAGAAAUAAAGAACAGAAAAGAACUUAUCAGGAAAAGCUCAAAGGGUACUCGUGUCUGUGAUCAUCAUCAAUACAAUGAAGGAAGCAUUCCUAGUGAACUACACUCUUGCAGACAGCUCACUCCUUCAGAAAAAGGAGAUGCUAACACUGACAGUGAUCGAAGGAUCCCUGAAAGUACCAACAGAUCCAAUGGCUGUAAGUCAAAACCUACUGGCUUUAGAUCAGCCAGUGCAACAAAAAAAUCAGUGAAACAACAAAACCCACCUCUAUUAAUUUGUGGCAGACAUCAUAAAAUAACAUCUGAAUCUUCCCAAGAAUAUGAAGCGCCUUGGAUAGGACUAAAGUGCGGUCGAUUCUCACCUGCUGGUUCAAGUCGGCCUGGAAGCGCCAAAUAUGCAAUUGUAAACAGUACUGAUAAUGCUGUCAAUGCAGUGCAAACUGGCGCCCAGUGCUCUGGUACCAUCACUUCUGUUUUGCUUCCUCCAGCCUGUUCAAAACCUAAAGGUCGCAGUGGAAUGUAUGAUAAUCCUAUUGAAAAUGCACCUCGGGACAGGACUAGUUCUUCGCAAUCUCCUAGCACUGAAAAAGGUUCAUUUACCACUUUGAAUGAUAGACGAUCUGAUAUCCAGCUUAUCCCUUUGGAAAUUCGAGUACAAAUAGUGGAAAAGGAGAGAUUGCGAAAAGAGCUGUUUCGGAAGAAGAAUAACGCAGCAGCAGUUAUUCAGAGGGCAUGGAAAAGUUACAGGAUACGAAAAGCCCUGGUGUUGCUCCUUCGCUGCCGACGUCAGAAUGGGGACAAUGAUGACAAGACAUGGAAGCAAGAGGUGGCUGCCUUCACCAUUCAACUAGCCUGGAGGAAGAAUCUCAGUGGCAAUAUCGUGAAUGUUAUUUCCAGAAAAAGCAGCCAAACAUUCAACAACAGGAGUCCCUGUGCACGGACGGCUAAGCAACAUUCAGUGUUAAAGCAAAUUUAUGGGAAACCUCAGGAAGAAAAAGGGUACAUUUCACAACAAUCAUCACCUUUCAGAAAUGGUCAUAUCUCUGUCCAGAAAACAUAAGUUCCAAAACAAUGCAACAGCUUAUGAAGCAGUAAUUGCUGCUCCUGGAAUUAGAGGAAUUCACCUCCAAUACCUAAUAUAUCUCAAAAAAAGGAACAGCUCUUAAAGCCACAAUUAUUUUCCCAUCCUCCAUCUUGAGUUACCCAAUGUCGGAAUUCUGUUCACUCUAAAAGUCUGUGUCAUGUAUUAUGCACAUGUAAAUAAAGGGUGACUUGGUAAUGUGGUAUUGGUCUUCAUGGAGUUAUUUCAGUGGCAACGAGAGAAAAACAUGUCCCUGAAGAGAUUUGCUCGCAACAGUCAUCUUUGAUUUGGGGUAAGGGUUUCUGGUAUUGGGGUGCUGUGACUCAUUUGAUCCCACCAUCAAAGUCUAGACCCAAUAUGUGGAAAGAAUGCGUUAUUUUUUCCAGGCAAAUGAAAUUGGGGCAGACGAAAAGCAAUGAGUAGGUCUCCUGACAGUUUGUGGACCCGUAGCUUUUUUGGUUACUGGAAGCCUAACCAUCCAUGAAGUACAAGAUACUAUAACUUUUCAAGAAUUGACGGAUUUAGUUAAGGAAUAUUAAGACCCGAAGACUCCUCUAAUUCUGAGACACUAUUAAUUUUACUUGGCAGUCUGAGAACUGGGGAAAUCCGUAUUAGGAUUUUUGAUGAGGUUAAGACAACUGACAGAGGCAUUUGAUUUUGUUUUACCCCUUAAUGAGAUACUGAGAGACCAUUUGGUAUGUGGAAUUAAUGAUGUGACCAUAUAAAAGCACCUAUUAGCUGAAGCUCAACUGGACUUCAGCCAGGCACUACAACUGUCAUUAGGAAAUGCGGCAACUGGAGCAUGAGUUGUAGGGUAUGCCUGAAGGAAGUGGACACCCCCCUUAAGGUCAGUUGAGCU